UGGUACCCGUACCGGAAAUCAAGGAGGUAAGUUAUCAUGGCGCUUCGCGUGUUGUUUUUCUUUCUUCCGUGACGGCGUUAUUGAUUCCGUGACGGUGACAGCGCGGCGGCUUUCAAAUCUCUUUCUCUCUGCCUGCUUUUUUUCUCUGUCUAGAAUCCAUUUGUGGCCUCUGAGAGACCCUUUGGGAGGAAACGCCAGAAAACCCAAAGUUUUGUUCUUCCUCUCUUUGCAAUCUCUACACAGAAGAUUUAUGGAUAAAAUUUGCAAAUUUGGUUCACUGCAGCACUGUUCCGUCGCAAAUUUCUUCCACCGACAAGUGUUUGACUUCGUGGUUCCGUCGCUUUUUCAACCCUUCGAUAGAUUCAUUCCUUGGUUACGCUUUCUGGCUCUCAAAUAACAUUCAAGCUACCCUCUUUGUCUUGUAAUUUUCUUCUGAAUUGAAAAAAAAAAGGGCUUACAGUUAUUGACUUGGAUGUUUUGCAAGCAAGGCCUCCAGAUUGUGGCUUUCUGAGUUCUAAAUCUGCUCAAGUCUUAAGACAGAGAGAUUGCAAAGUGAUUUGAGACCACGUUGUGGUGUAAGGACCAAAAUGACUGCUUCAGCCCGAUCUUCCCUUAAGAAGAUGUCAUGGGCUAGGGGUCAAUCCUCUGGUUGGACAGCUUUUGAUCUCAAGCAGAGAAAGAAUAACAAUUUUGAAUCUGAAGAUGACAAGGACCCUUUCCCAGCUAUAGGCACUACCGAUCCUAUGGUCGGGAAGAACCAUGUUCCUGCAAAGCCUUUCUCUUCAGUACUUCUCCCAACUAGAAACUUCCCCCCUUUCAAAGAGGGUGGGAAUAGCAAAAAGGCAAUGGUAGGUUCUGAUUCUGAUGGAAAAUAUUGCGGGGCUACUGCUCAGGAAGAUGUUAAUUUAGCUAUCAAAAAGCUUAGAGAGCAGCAUCUUUGGGCUGAACAUAGCUUGAUAGAUGAUAUUUUCUCUGCUGUUAAUAACAAUAUUGACAAGGCCACAGCUUUAUUGGAAACUAUGGACCCUGCAGCGAAUUUUGAAGAAUCCAAAGUAUCCAGCAAUCCUAGAUCAACUACUUCAGAUGAUACUCCUUGUAAGGAUAAGACUGACGAUAGUCUUACUUCAGAAAAGGUUGAGGAUGACAUUCCCUUCGAUUCUAAUCUUGUUGAUAAUCUCCAGGAUAAUGAUAAGGACUUGGAGGAUAGAAAUGCUCCCUCAGGUCAAAAGCUUUCUGAUGUUGAUUACUUGAGAUGCAAAAUGAAACUCUUGAAUUCCAUUCCUGUUGAGCCUGAAUGGGAGGAUGAUGAUAUUUACAUUAGCAAUCGAAAGGAUGCAUUGAGGACAAUGCGGUCAGCAUCACGACAUUCUAGGGCAGCUUCUAGUGCUUUUCUUAGAGGUGAUCAUUUUUCUGCUCAACAUCAUUCAAUGAAAGCUCGGGCGGAACGGCAUACUGCUGAAGAACUUAAUUCUGAUGCAGCCAAAAAAAUUUUAAGCGUCAGGAAUAAUGAAAAUGAUAUCUGGAAACUUGAUUUGCAUGGUCUUCAUGCAACUGAAGCUAUUCAAGCAUUGCAAGAACAUCUCUACAGAAUUGAAAGCCAAGGCUUCUCAAAGAGUUCAGCCACUUCAAAUGGCGUGAAGGAAAACGGGCUUGGACAUUCUACACUUGGAUCUCUCAAUUUCAUGGACAGGGAAGCACCAUUACGGCUCAGACCAUUAGCUUUGCAUGUCAUAACAGGUGUCGGUAAUCACAGUCGGGGACAAGCCGCUCUUCCUACAGCUGUCAGAAGUUUCCUCAAUGAAAACAGGUCGAAAAUCUCCCAAUGCAGUACCGUUUUGAGGAGAUGAGACCGGGCGUAAUUACAGUGUGGCCCAAGUUUCGUCAAAAUUGAUUUUUGAGUCCCCAUCAGAAACUUGUUCUUGUAUUGUAUCAUUUCAUAGGGGGAUCAUAUACUAUAUGAGUAUUUAGCAGUGGUGAGAUUUAAUUUUGGUCUCCCAUGUUGAUGUGAAAUAAGAAAUUUGCAUUGCCAUUGGAAAUUAAUUCAGAUUGAUUUAUUUAUUUCAGACAUCAUGCUUGUUCUAUUCAACAUUUACUGCAAUUACGACUUAA